AUGAGUUCAACCGACGAGAUCGUGGAGAGCUUGACUCGCAUCUACCAACUGUUCAUCGAGAUCGACUACAUUUCCGAAAGUGUCCUGAAAGUCGCGCCUCAUGGUCCUGAAGAACUAGACACCGAUCUGUGCCGCCAACUCGGAAUGGCCGAUUCAGCAAUCUUCUUUCUCGAAAGCAUCCCCUGGGCUUCUGCCGGCUGUGGAGACCUGAUCAAGGACUCUGAGAUGAUCGAUUUCUCGGAACCACACUGUCUCAUGGCUGCUCGAGACCCCAUGGCUGCCCGAAACAUUCACCACCAAGGCCUAGCAGCUGGCAAUCAAACAUCACGAGAAGGCCUGGACGGAGCGAUGUUGUCAUUGACCUUCUGUGGACAGACUGGACAUGCGCUAGUGGUUGACACUGUUCGAGGCACCAUCCGCAAGUGGGACGGCAGCGACCGCCUCCUGGACGCGGAGGAGAGAGACGCCAGCGCCGUCCUGGAUGAGAUCUACCACGGGUACCUCAGCCUCGCCGAGAUCCCGUACGAGCUCGACAUCCUCCAGCCAACCCAGCACCUUGUCUACGGCAUUCUGGAUGAACCAGCGGAAUACGUGACGGACACCAGAUACGUUCUGGUCAAAUCAGCGGCCAUGGACCACGGAUGGCCAGAUAGUUUCUCGAAGGAGGACUUCAAGCGGACUGCGGCCAGGUGGCUCCAAAUCAUGGGCGGGAAUGACUCUUCGUCGGACGACAGUAUCUCAUUUGAGAACGAUGAGGAGCUCCCAAAUGGCAUAUUUUGA